AUGUUGACUGCUCAGCAGCAGCCUCUCCACACUCACCUGGGCACGGUGGCCAAGUGUGAGAGGAGCAUUUCCAAGAGGCAAGCAUCGAGAGAGAUUCUGAGAGAGGUUGCAAGGCAGGCCAUGCAUAACAACGUCUUGGAGAGUCCCCUCAGCACCAAGAUUCAUCACAACCCACAGCCAAGCAUAGCACCGAGAGCCAAGCCCCUCGACAGAUCAACGCCAUGGAGCAGCAUCAACGCGCUCAUGCGGUUCAACAGCAAAGACCACCAGUUCUGGUGGAACACGACGGGCCGUUUCUUCGCCACGCUGCUGGAGCAGGCUGGCUACAGCGCGACGGAGCAGUACCGAGAGCUUUUCUUCUAUGCCAUGCACGUCGCGCCCGAGCUCGGUCCCGCACCCGACUCGCAAGGCAACGUGCAGAGGUGGCGCAGCCCCGGCACUCCGGAUUCAACCCCCAUCGACUUUAGCUGGGAAUGGGGACUGGACGGCAACGGCGUGGUGAGGUAUUCUUUUGAGCCCAUCGGGCCAAAUGCGGGAACACCACUGGACCCCCUCAACUCGCACGCGACCGAGGACUGGAUCAACAGGCUCGACCGGCAGGGUCUCGUUCAGGGGCUGGACCUGGAGUGGUACAAGUACUUUACAAAGACGCUGCUCUUUGCCCCAGAGGACGACUCGCGCACGUCCAAGACGACCGAGGACUUCAUCGAGGAGACGACGCCCAGGGCGGGGACAGUGGUGGCGCUGGAUCUGGAGAAGCGCGGACCCGUCAUGAAGAUCUACAUCUAUCCUGGUCUCAAGGCGGCCGAGAUGGGCAUCGACGCACUCGAGCUGGUGGCCAGGUCCAUCCGGGGGUUGCCACCAGCCCAGUAUGCAUCCCUCAGGGACAACGUCGAGCCGCUGCUCGAGUAUCUCCAGGGCCGAGGUGCACAAAAGUGGGGGUUCGAGACGGGCAUCCUGUCCAUCGACCUGCUCGACCCGGCCGAGGCGAGGAUCAAGAUCUACGUCCGCGCGCCACACACCAGCGUCGAGUAUCUAAUGGACGCCCUCACCCUCGGUGGCAAGUUGGACCUGUCCGAGGCCGGAGGGUACAGCAAAAAGGCCCUGGCCGACCUGGUUGACUUUUGGAACAUGCUACUCGGCGACUCGCCCGACGAGCUGCCCCCUGAUCACCCGGGCAGAGCAAGACCAGGCUUCUACUACACAGUCAAGGCCGGCCGGCCCGUCAGCCCCAAAGUCUACGUCAGUCCAUUUUGGUUCGUAAAGAGUGACAAGGAAGUCAUGCAGAGGAUGCGCAACUACUUGAGCACACGAGAGGACGAGCCAGACAUGCUCGGCCAGAUGGCGAGGUACGAGGGGGCCUUGGAGAGUUAUUUGUAA